AAACCUGUCAAACAAAGCAUCUACUUCUUCUUCUUCUUCUCCCUCUCUCUCUCUCUCUCUCUCAUAUGUACGCACCGCAUAUAAAACCUCUCAUACAAAGAUUUUCUCCAUUCGCCACCAUCUUUCUUUUCUCUCUCCGUCUUCCUUUUUCUUUUGCCUUCUCUCUUUUUAAAGCGACGUCGAGAGACUAUGAGUGAGGAGGAGUGGGUCCGAGUGGCUAUGAGGGAUGACUUAAUGGUUGUUGAGGUUCUUCUUCAGCUCCAUCAGGCGGAGCCGCCACCGCAACCUCCGCCGCACUCUGAGAACACCGCGCCUCCUCUCCAGCUCGAGUGGACCGUGCGUCAGCGCCGUUCCAAGCCGCUUCCGAGGAAGAAAUCCGACUCCGCUCGCGCCAGUCCGACAACUCCUCUCUCCUGGAGCGGCGCCACGUCGGUCAGCGGCGGCGUCGCUGACGGCAUCGAGGAGUCGAGCCGUCCUUGUAAGCCGAUUGACAACACGAGAUCUAAGGUUGUUUUUACCAGCGAGACAACUGCUCCCAAAAGAUCAAGGAAGAAAAAGACUUUAGCUGAACUUAAAGAGGAGGAGAGCUUGCUCCUAAAAGAAAGGAAAAGUUUGAAGAACGAACUGGAAACUCUGCGUCAAAUGGUUGAGAAGCAAAGAACCACAAAUGAAAGUUUAAAGAGGACAAAGGUUGAUUGGUUAUCUCGUCAGUCGACAAAAACAGAAUACUCAUGUAUGGAGUCUGAGGUAGCUACUCCAGUCCUACCCCAGGAAAUGGAGUUAGCUAGUGAUACCGCAUGCAAAAUCUUACCAACAGGUGUUGCACCGGAUGUGCAUGAUCAUGCAACUUCCGACAAUGGUUCUUCAAAAGCAGAGGAGGUUGGGAGCAGGGAUACACCCUUUAUGCUACCGGAUCUAAAUCUGCCCAUUGAGAAUGAUUCGGGCCCUGAACUUCUUCAUGGAAUCAGCUGAGAAGAAUCAGUUGUAUAUCGAUAUUCUUUCUUUCGUUAUUUUUUUCCCCUCCUUUCUUGCUUAGAUUAAAUCGAAUUACGUUUGCCAAUGGCAGUUAUGCUUAAUAAUAACAUAACUAGUCAAUCGUCAGUCCUAACUAUGUGAAAAUUGAUGUAUCAAUUAGCCUUUCUUCUCCUGCAUCUCAAUGUGGAUGGGGAAGUUUUUUUCCCCAUAAAUGAAGGAAUUGGAGGUUAGUGUAGAGAUCCUAACAAAUUAGAAAAGGUCAGAUCCAUUUGUUUGCAGGUUUCAACGUUCAUUGGGAAA